AUGUCUGCCUUUAGAACCCGCUCCACAACCACCGUCCUGCGCUCGCUCGGCACCAAGCCACGCGCUCCUGCUUCCUGGGCACCGGCUCAACAGCGCCGCGGCUACGCCUACAACAAAGACGAGGCACUCGAGAGCCGCAAGAGUACCAGCAACUACUCCAAGGCCGCCAACGACGGCCUGGAGGGUAACACGGCCAAGGCCACCGUCAAGGGCGCGCCACCUUCAACUCCCAAGGAGCCUCCGACCAGCAGGCCCGCGUACAUGAUUGGAAUCGGCGGCAUCGUGCUCGCCAUCGGAUACGGCUUCCUUACCCUGCUGAGCAGCCCGAAGCAGGCGGUCGAGCAACACGAGAGCUUACCUAGCGCGCUGACGCCAGGCAAGGGCGUCGAUGCGGCUGCCACGCGUGGACCCAACCGGCCGUGA